AUGAAUGAUAAUCUUGUCUUGUUGAAUCCUAAAGAUAAAAAGCAAAAGAUUAUUGGAUUUGGUUGUGCCAUGACUGAGGCUUCAUCAUUUGUCUUUUCAACAAUGAAUGAAGAUGUAAAGAGACAAAUACUUGAUUUGUAUUGGUCACCAAAGGGAUUAAAUUAUACUGUUGGAAGAAUUCCUAUGAAUUCAUGUGAUUUUUCAUUGGGAACUUAUAGUUGUGAUGAUGUGAAUGGAGAUUAUGAUUUGAAAUAUUUCAAUAUUAAUAGAGAUAAAUUAUUCAAAUAUCCAUUGGUUUCUAGAGUGGUAAAUAAUACUAGAACUUUUAAUGGAAAACCAUUGAAAUUAUUCCUUUCUCCUUGGAGUCCUCCUGCAUGGAUGAAAAUUAAUAAUGACAUGAAUGGAAGUUCAACACCAAUUGGAUUGAUUAAUGAAACUAGAAUUUUGGAUUCAUGGGCCUUAUACUAUUCAAAAUAUAUUACUGCUUAUAAGAAUUUAGGUGUUCCAUUCUGGGGAUUGACUGUUCAAAAUGAACCUGAAUUUGCUGCCCCAUAUGAAGCUUGUGUUUAUACUGCGGAAUUCCAAAGAGAUUUUAUUAAGAGACAUCUUGGACCAAGAAUUAAGCAGGACCAUCCAGAAGUUAACAUUUUAAUAUAUGACCACAAUAGAGAUCAUGUUCAUUUGUGGGCUGAGAUUAUUUAUGCUGAUAAGGAAGCAUCUAAAUAUGUUGCUGGAACUGCAUUCCACUGGUAUGUCAAUGGACAAUAUGAACACUUGACAAUGGCCCAUGAUAUUGCUCCUGAAAAGAUUCUGCUUGGCACUGAGGCAACUCAAGGACCCCGUGUUGCUUUUGGAGAUUGGGGAAGAGGUGAAAGUUAUGGAUUUGACAUUAUUAAUGAUUUGGAAAAUUAUGCUCAAGGUUGGACUGAUUGGAAUUGCAUUCUCGAUCCAAUUGGUGGACCAACUCAUAUGCAAAAUUGGUGUGAUGCUGCCAUUGUUGCCAACAAUAAGACUCAAUCCAUCUAUUUGCAACCAAUGUAUUACUACAUGGGUCACUUUUCAAAGUAUUUGACUGAAGGUUCUGUAAGAAUUGCUCAUGAAAAUACCCUCGAUACCUUACUUGUUACCAGCUUUAUCACACCAGAAAAUAAGAUGGUUGUUAUUGUCAUGAAUCAAGAACAAACAAGCCAAAUUUUCAAAUUGAUUGAUAUGAGUAUUGGCAUUGAUUAUGCUGCAGAAAUGGUUAUUCCUCCUCACUCUAUUAGAACUUUAAUUUAUGACCAUCGAUUUGAGUAA